UCACAGUGAAGGAAGUAGUCUAUCGAGAAUGGACAGUUUCCCGAAGUGUUCUGUCUGUCACCAGCAGUUUACCCUGAAAGGCCCAGUCCCCUACUUACUGCCCUGUCUACACGCUGUGUGUGAGAAGUGUGUGACAUCUGCAGCUGGCGAUGUGAUAUCAUGCUCUACAUGUCAGAGGGAGGUCAACCUCACAGACACAAGUCUCCAGAAGGAUGCAGUCAGACAGAAGGAGAUAUUCCACCUGACAGUCAAACAUCGCCCCACAGAGCUCCUCUGUACACACGAAGAUGACGGCAACCAGGCUGUGUGUUGGUGUCGGGAGUGUGAAGAGUUCCUCUGUGAAUUCUGCCAGAACAUGCACAACACCUUUAAACUCACCAGAAACCAUUUACUGCAAAACUUUAAUGACAUAAAGCCGGUUGUGUCCAACAUCCCGACCCCUUGCAGUAUCCACAACCAUGACUCUCUUUAUCUUUUUGAUCGAAAAUGCAACAUUUUGAUUUGUGCAAGAUGUAGAAUUGAAAAUCACGCAGAUCAUGAAGUUGAGAAGCUAGAGGUGUUUGCUGAAAGUGUCACAAAACAGCUAGUCCAACACAAACAAGACCUAUCAACGUUACAGAAUCGCCAACAAUCACACAUUCAGAAUAUCAGACAAGGAACCGAAUUCACAGACAGAACACACGACACCGUGAAGGAAACUAUUGGCCAUACGUUCAGAUCUCUGCGAUCGCAGCUUGAUCAAAGAGAAAAGGAACUUCUGACUGAUCUUGAAAGUCAGACUGAGAAGACCAAGAUAGCUCUACAUACGCGUCUCACCACAUCUGAAGAUGAUUUGAAGACAUGCACUGAUGUUUUAGACUACAUCAAUAAGGUUCUCCUCUAUGCCUCACAAGAAGAUCUGACGGAGUUGGGGAGUGCCGUCGGGGAGACAACACGGGCCUUCCUGGACACGACUGUGCCUCAAACACGUGGCAUACCUGUAGCUGUCUUUAACACAAACGGCUUGUCAAAACUGAAAUCAAAUAUAUCAGAAUUUGGUUCCACCUUGACAAGAGAAAUAGAAGAAGAAAAAACAAGAGACCAGGAAUGUCAAACUAAACAUGACUCCAGUAUGACAGAGUUGGAGGUACAACACAAAACGCGCAUUGAUGACGAAGAGAACGUGGGGAAGAGAAGUUCAAAAGCCAUCGAUUUCCUGCUUGGUUUGGUCUCUGAAUGCGGUGUUCAUCUACUGACGCCAGGUGCAGUGGACAGGUCGAUGGUUCUGAAGUGUAUACAUCUGCAAUAUGACAGCGACAGAGCCAAUCUUGACUACGUCGGUAUCUACACAGGAGAGCUGGUCAACAGGAAGUCGGACCCCAGAUUUGCAGGGGAGGGACGACUGAAGAACUACAGGGGCACCUGCAGCAAAGCCCCCCUCCCCCAGCCUGGCUGCCCCCAGUAUUGGGAGAUGGAAACAAGGGUCGACUUGGAGAACCCGCUCACAGAAAACGCCCUCAUCCUGGAGGUUGGCGUCUGUGCUGAGGUAGAGAUGGACAUGAGUCACUGUGUACAGGACAGUCCUCGUGCCUACUGCAUGGGCGUCUACCACUGCCCUACACACGGCGGGAUAUGCAGAAUUACGUGGAAGGAGGGGGAGGAGGAGAGGGAUGUUCUGCAUCUGCCUGACACUCUCACCAACACUGCAGGGGCAUCGGCCACGCUGCAUUACGGCGUUGUCUACGAUGACGUCAGGGAGAAGAUUGUCUUCAUUGACGUGAAGGAGAACAAACUGGUGUCGAUGUUAGACAACGUAGACUCCAGUCAACUACUGUGGCCAAUGUUCGGGGUGUACAACCAAACUUUCGUCACUGUCAGCAUGAGACUUGUUGUUGGCAGCGACAUCUACAUGACAGAGGAGAAGAAAGCAAUGAUUGUCGUGGCACUGUCGUGAUGUCAUCACAUGAUACAGGUGGCCAUGUUGACGAGUAUAAACACACAGAGACUUGAAUUAAUUUAAAGGUUGAAGACAGAGUGUGCUUCAACAGUAAGUGAGUGAGAGAGUUGGGUUUAACGCCGCUUUUAACAGUAUACAUCUCUAUUGCAGAGAUGAUGGGUAAUGGGAUGACAGGUGAGAAUUCAUGAACAUGAUAUGCGAAGUAUCAGCUGGUGACACACGGCAUUUGUAGAAGCUGUACUCGUUUUCGGGCAUUAUGACUAUGCGGAAAUGGUUAGUUUGGUACAUGUGUACACAUAGAAGGGUCAGAUAACGAUUUCAUACUUCUAAUUCAUUGUUUUAUGUGAUGAACUCUGACCCGUGCCCCCUGCUUCAACAGUAAUGAUCAUAUUUUAGAUGAAAAACAUGUUUAUUCCAAUGUCCACUAUACGAUGAUCUAAGAUCUACAUUAUUUACGAGUAUAUCGUCUUAAAUGUCAAACUGUUUUGAUCCCGUCAAUCAAUGAGAAAUUGUGUCCUUUUUAAACGUGAGGUAUAUGUCACUGCCAACACCGAAUUUUUAAUAUUACAACGCAGAAAGCUAUUGCUAUAUGGGUAAAACAUUUGUAUCUGUACAUAUCAUCCAGUUUUGUGUAUCGUCACUCAUAAGUAUUUGAGAGGCGCUGUAUUAUUAUUUUUAUGUAUAUUUUAUGCUUGUUGUUUAUUAUGUACAGCGGUUAGACGAAAAUAAAAUACUUGUUUGUUUGUCUGUCUGUAGAUCCUCCUCUGACACAGAUUGUGGAGCUUAAAGGUGACCGUAAUGAUAAGGUUUCUCUGUAUCGAGGACAGACAACACAAUAGCUUAAAUUUACAAAUCCCUUUCAAGCUAGACGUUUCUUUCUGAUUACAAUAAAUUACCUCGUUAUACGGGAUCUUUUGCUGUCACAUCAGAAAUUGAAAUAUUUGUAUUUUCAUUAUACAUGAUUUCCUCGCUACAUCUUCCUUGAAUAUGUAUAAAUUUCCGUCCUUCAUAAAAUAAACGGCUUGGCAGGACUUAUCUGUGCAAGUUGGCUUUGGGUGUCAUGUAA